AUGGCCGAGGGAGACACUGGCUGUUGGCAGGAGAGGGGGAACAAAGGGGAGCAGAGAUGCCGUAAGCUCCAAGGUAUUUCUGCUUCAAAGCCAGGGGAGCAGCAGAGAUGGACUGGACUCCUGGGAGGCAAGUCAAAUGGGAGCUUCCAGAGGGAACCGAGGGAGCCCAGGGAGCUCAAUGGGGAUGCACCACAUCCCACACUGGAGGGCAGCAGCCUGGCCUCGGCAGAAGAGCCUGCAGCCCCCUGCAAGUGCCCUGGCUCUGCCCCAGAGCUGCCUCCCACAGCAGACAGCCCCACAGCCAGCCCCAGCCAGGAGUGGAAAGUGGUAAAGAUCCAACGGGUCCUCAUCAACCCUGACACUGAGCCAAGGAAAUCAGGUCUCUCCCGCAGCGCCAGCCUCUCGGAGAAGGAGCUGAAGGAGGCGAAGGCGCGGAGCCAGAGGAUCGCGGCACAGCUCACCACGGCGCCCGGCCCCAGCUCCAAGGGCGUCCUGCUCUUCCACCGCCGCAGGCAGCGCGUCGACGGGCUCACGGGGGCUGGGAAUGGCGGGGGGCUGCUGCUGAGCCCCGCGCCCCAGCCCCGGCAAGCGGCCAUGGAGGAGGGCGAGGGGCAGGGGAUGAAGGCGGAGCCUGACCAGCCCGGCAACCCGGGAGAGAGGAUGCGGGCAAAUGCACCCGCAUGCCAGGAGCCACCUGCUGAAGCCCAGCAGGUCCCACUCAGCGUCUACCUGAAGGAGAACAUGGCAUCAGCCACCACCAAUGGCGUGCAGGAGCAGGUGGCCAGUGGGAUGGAGAGAGGGAUGGAGGGGCUCGGGGAUGCAGGAGCCCCUGCGGGGCUAAGCAUGGCACCUGUUGCCCUGCCACAGCACACUGAGGAGGAGAAAAACAUUGACGUGCCCAGUGAGGUGCCCGGUGAGGUGCCCAGUGAGGUGCCCAGUGCGCCAGCGGGGACAGCCACAGGGAUGGCAUCCCCAGGUGGCCAGCAGCAGAACGGGGUGCAGGGCCGGCAGUACUACGAGGUCCAUCUCACCCUGGCCAAGCCCAAGCCUGUGAAGAACAGGACAGCCAGACCCUUCGGCACCCAGGUGUCCCCCACCAGCAGCCAGCCAGCGGAGGAACCCCCUGCCCCAGAGCUGCCCCCGCCGCCCACCUAUGCGGAGACCCUCAGCAGCCCCCCACCGCUCACCCGUGUCCGCUCCCCCCCUGCCUACUCGGCCCUGUACCCCUCUCAGGAGCAGAAGAUGCUGCCGGGUCCCCUCCUGGGCUGUGGGGUGAGUGGACCAAACCCCUUGCCCAAAACGGGGAUCCUGGAGGAGUCAGCUGCCCGGAGAGGAAGCAGAAAGUCCAUGUUCACCUUUGUGGAGAAGCCAAAACUAGGCCCCAAUCCUGACCUGCUGGACCUGGUUCAGAGUGCAGACAGCAGGAAGAAGCAGAAAGAUCAGGGAGAGCCCAGUGCAGAGGAUGAGCCCUUCGUCCUUGGGGCUGAAGCUGCCAACUUUGUCCCCAACAGUGCAUCCAGGAGUGGGCACCACCUCCCGCCAGCUGAGGAUGCUCCGGCAUGGUCCUCCUGCCUCAAGUCUCCCACCAUCCAGCCCAAGCAGAAGCCACAGCCCAGCCACAUCCUCAGUGAAGCGAGAGGGAAGGGGGCCGAGCUCUUUGCCCGCCGGCAGUCCAGGAUGGAGAAGUUCAUCAUUGAGGCUCCCUCCCAGCCUGAGCUGCUGCGGUGCCCAUCGCCCACCAUGUCUCUGCCUCCCUCCUGGAAAUAUGACAACAACGCUUACCUGUCACCCAUGGUCUCCAGACGCCCCUCCAAGAGUCCCUCCAGGCCCUCCAAAACCCCCCCUGCGUCUCUGUAUGGCAACAACCUGAUGGAGAAUGAGGUCUCCCAGAAGGAGCUGGAGAUCUCCAAGCACCAACCCUACCAGCUCCAGUCCUCUCUCUUCAUCCUCUCCCCAUCUAAGGGGCCAUCAAGGUCCAUGCCCCAGGAGAUGCCUCCACCCAGACCCUCUCUUCCAGACGCCUACCCCUACCCCCAGCAAGCCUCCUGCCCGACCUCUCCAUUGCCUCCUUCCCCUGUUUGGCAUCCCCCCGUCAUGCCCAGUGCUGGCCAGACCACCUCCAGCCCCUUCCCUGGCACUGCCGGGGCUCUGCCCCUGACUCACGAGAGCCGUGCCAGUCCCGGAGCCCCGGCUGAGGUGCUCCUGGCCUCCCCAUGCCGCCUGCUGCCGCCCCGGGGGAAGGCAGGCUUCCAGGCACCCCGGCCCUCCUACUCCACCAGGAAUGCCGGCAUCGAGCCCCAGGACAGGCGGUCAUCCCUCCCUGCAUCGCCCACCUGGACGCCCCGGCUGGCGCGGCGCCCGGGCAGCCUGGACGGCUGGGCCAGCCCGGCCUCGGUGCCCGAACUGGAUGAGGGGCCUCCCAUGUCACCUCCAUGGAGCGAGAGGUCCCUGUCCCCGCUGCGGCAGGACGCGGACCCCCGGGCCAGCCGGCAGAUGCAAGCGCGGCUCGCCAGGAACAUCAUCAACGCUGCCCGCAGGAAGAGCUCCUCUCCCAAAGCCGUGGGGCUGGAGGGCUCCCGGCCCUUCACCCCCAUCUCCGCCGGUCCCCCCAGCCUGCCCCAGUCCCCUCGGCUGGGGCCCAGAGCGCCGGCACUGCAGGCUGCCAGCAGCUUGCUGGGGAGCCUGGGCAGCCCCUCGCCCACCCACAAAAGCCCCUUGCGAUCGCCCCGGCCAGGCAGCCCCCAGUUCUGUGCCUCCCCCGGCAUGCCCCGAGCCGCCUGGGCAGAGGGUCGCCGGCUCCUGCUGCCACCCAGCACGUCCUCCUGCCCCGUCCCCAGGCUGUCCCCCAUCCCCAAGAGCCCCCUGCCAUCCCCCGUGGUGGGCGGGCGAUGCCCAGCCAAGCGCUGCACCUCCCGGUCCCCGACAGACUCGGACGUCUCCCUCGACUCCGAAGACUCGGGGACCAAGAGCCCGGGAAUCCACAGCUUCAACCUCUGUCCCCGGGGCUGGACAGGCAGCCUGCGGCUGAAGACGGGGGGUCUGCCCUCGGGGGCCCCUUGCACCUCCUAGAUGAGCCAGCCCCAGCCAAACCACCCCCUUCCUGGACCUGUCAGCCUGGGUGAUGCCACCCGCUGACCCCCCACACCGGGAACACCCCAACCCUCGGGGCUGAGGUCCCCAAAAAACAAUGUCCCUGCAGAGCUGCCGCAGUCCCUCGGUGUGCCAGCAGGGUCAGGUGCCUCCUGCUCGCCCGCCAUCCCGUGGCCCUGCUCUAUUUUUACCACCCUAACCUUUCUGGGCAGGACUGCGUGAUCAGCAUGCAUGAGCAGGCAGUGGGGAGAGCCAGCCCUCUCCCUCAGCAGUCCCUGCCCACCAGCCAUCCCCCUCCCACAUAGCCAGGAUGGGAUGGACUCGGUGGUCCCCUGUGAGCCCCCUGUCCCCAGCUCCCAGGUGUUACCCUGGGG